AUUGCCUCGCCUGCAGGCGGCCCCGGGGUCAAGAAUUGUAUCGCUGACGUGCUGCCGAUUUUGGCCAAGAUGUUGGAGAACAUGAAAGCCGAACCCCUCCACCUCUGCCACCGGCUGGACAAAGAGACCACGGGUGUGAUGGUGCUGGCGCGGAGCAAGGAGGUGGCGGAGAGGAUCCGGCUUCUCUUCAAAACUCGUCAGGUGGAGAAGGUCUACUGGGCAAUUAGCCUGGGGGACCCAGACCCCGCCGAGGGCAUCGUGGAGAUCCCCAUCGUGGAGAAGGAGGUGCGGAGCCACCAGUCGCACUACAAGAUGACGCUGGCCCCCAACUAUCGCCUGUCUCCGGAGGAUGGGAAGGUGGUGAAAAUCCGCAAGAACCGCAACGCCGAAAGCGCCGUGACGCGGUACCGCCUUCUGGCUAGCUCUUCCGCCUGCUCUCUGCUGGAGCUCCAGCCCAUCACGGGGGUGAAGCACCAGAUCCGGGUUCACCUGGCCUAUGGGUUGGGGUGCCCCAUCCUGGGGGAUCACAAAUAUUCACACUGGAGCAAGCUGGCACCCCAGAAGCUUCCUGAAAUCACCUUGAAGAGGCUGAAGCUGGAGCAGAGCAAGGCUCGCCACCUCCCCCUCCACCUCCACGCCCACCGGCUCUCCCUGCCCCUGGGUGAGCGGAUAGACCUCGUCUGCAAGCCGCCCCUCUUCUUCCAAAAGACUUUGAAGCAGCUGGAGCUGGAUGUCGCUAAAGACUAAUGAGGCAGGACGGGAGCGGUACCGUCUGUCUCCGCAUCUCCGGCACGUGGUAGUGCUGGGUCCGGCCGCUCUGCAGCGGCGUCCACCUUGGAGCCGGCGGUGUGAUGAAGUCUACGGUCUCUGCCGCUUGCCAGAGACCUCCUGUGUUGGUGCCAGUGUCGCUGGCUUCAAACCAGGCACCUGCGUGUGCUCCUUGCCCUGAUUUGGUGCAGAAAAGUGGCUGGGCACGCUGAAGAGCCUCUCGUUCGGACAAACGAGGCUGGGUAGAAACUGGGUUUUGCCCAAGCCAUGUUUUGAACUUGUCUCCGAGCAAUAAAAGAUGCAGUUCCCG